UGAAUGACCAUGAAGAAGCCUCCCCUGACAGCUGCGUCAAAAAGGUGGUGGAUGACAUGGGCAACGUCAAGUUUGCGCUGGACACAGGCCCAGACGCCACAAGCAACAGCUGGCUAAAAUACGUCCGCUCUGCCGCGUCAUUUGAGGAGCAGAACCUCACUGCCUGUCACCUCACCGGAGACCAGAUUUAUUAUAAAGCUGUGCGGGACAUUGAAGCAGGGGAGGAGCUUUUAGUGUAUAUGAAGGACGGUAUUUUCCCCGAGGGAUCCAUGGCACCCAACCUACAAGACGAGCAGAUGUACCGCUGUGAAGACUGUGAUGAGCUGUUCUCCUCAACGCUUGAGCUACGGCGGCACCAGAAGUAUUCGUGCUCCAGUGCCGGCUCUAUCUUUGACCCACUGAGAGAGGACUUCAAGCAGGAGCGUGAGGACAGCGAUGAGCCCGUCCACGAGUGUAAAGACUGUGAGAAGAUCUUCCCAAACGAGUACAGUCUGGGCCAACACAUGAUAGUCCAUACAGAGGAGAGGGAAUACAAGUGUGACCAGUGCCCCAAAGCCUUCAACUGGAAGUCCAACCUCAUCCGCCACCAGAUGUCACAUGACAGUGGCAAGCGCUUUGAGUGUGAAAACUGUGAUAAGGUACAGCAUACCCAGCACGUGUUCACAGAUCCCAGCAACCUUCAGCGCCACAUCCGCUCCCAACACGUGGGGGCACGUGCUCACACAUGUCCUGAGUGUGGCAAGACAUUUGCCACCUCAUCAGGCCUCAAGCAGCAUAAGCACAUCCACAGCAGUGUCAAACCCUUUAUCUGCCCUGAUGGGCUGCGUCUUUUUGCUCCCCCAGGCGAGGUGUGCCACAAAUCCUACACCCAGUUCUCCAACCUCUGCCGACACAAGCGUAUGCAUGCUGACUGCCGCACCCAGAUCAAGUGUAAGGACUGUGGGCAGUUGUUCAGCACUACCUCCUCCCUCAACAAGCACCGCCGCUUCUGUGAGGGCAAAAACCAUUAUGGCUCUCCUGCAGGGAUGUUCAACCCUGGCAUCCCCAUGAGCUCCAGCCCCAUCUUGGCCAAGGCCAAGUCCCAUCAUCCCCACCUUCCAGGUCUAAACCAGUCAGGUUUAGGAUUCACUGACUACUUUCCCUCCCGACCUCACCCUCAUGCUGGCUUGCCCUUCUCCCCAGGACCCCAUGGUUUCCCAUCCCUCCCACAUGGUUUCCCAGGUAUCUUCCCCCCAUCACUGUAUCCACGACCACCUUUAUUGCCGGCCAGUCCAUUGAUAAAGAGUCCGCUAGGCGGCAGCAGUCAGGAGGUGAAGCUGCCUCGGAGUCCCCUAGAUGCACCUCCACUGUCCCUGGUUAGCUCGACAAACAGCAAUGGAGGUAACGGUUUGAGUCAGGUGGAAGACAAAGAGAAAGAGAACAAACUGGAUUUGUCUUGUAGUGGAGAAGCAAAGCCAAAAUCCAAAAUGGCAGACAUGUCUGAUGGAAGUGAUCUUGAAGACAUUAAUACCACAAGUGGGACAGAUUUAGACACCACCACUGGAACUGCUUCAGGUGAUGGUUCUGACCUGGAGAGCGAUGGAGAGAGUGAACGAGAGCGAAGUGGUAAAAGAAGGAAACCAUCUGGGGCCAUUUCAAGUCAAGAAGGCCACCAGUUAGAAGACACGAACAGUGCGUUGAUAGCAGCCGUGUCUAGUUCGGGGAACCUCACCAUUGAUCGUCCAUUUAUCUCUUCUGCAACAUCCCAGCACUCCUUCUUCCCUCCACCUGAUGAGCAAGCCCUCCCACCCACCACCACAAAUGCCAAUGCAGCCACCACAGAUUCCAUCAAAGCUAUCGCUUCUAUUGCAGAGAAAUAUUUUGGUCCAGGUUUGAUUGGUCUUCAUCAGGAGAAGAAAAUGGGUCCAUUGCCCUACCAUUCCAUGUUUCCCUUCCAGUUCUUGCCAAACUUCCACAACUCCCUCUAUCCCUUCAGCGCUGAUCGAGGCGCCCUCAAUCCUAGCAUGUUCUUUAAGGCAGAGCCCAAGUCACCUCGGGAGCAGCUGCACAAGAUAGUUUCAGGUGCCCCAGGGGCUCCUGUUUCCACAGCAGAGUCACCAUUUGAUCUCACCACAAAACCCAAGGAGACCAAGUUAGCUCUUCCCACCCCAACAAAUCCCUCAAACCCCAACAGUAGUACUGGGAGCAGUAGUGGACCUUUAGCAAUAUCUAGCGGUGAGGAGCAGCCAUUGGACCUCAGCAUUGGCAGCCGUAGCCGAGGUGGUCAUAAUGGUGUGGCAGCUGAGCCACAAAAUCGAAAGAACAACAUCUAUGGAGUUGGAAAGGGGGUCUCCAUCAAGGACGAAACCCCAGCUGGGUUUCCACAGCCCCACUCCCAGUCAUUGCACCAAUCCUCCAUCCCCCAGCACCAGCAGCCCCAGGCACAGCCACACCAGCCACCACCCCUGCACUAUGCCAAGCCCUCAGCAUUCUUCAUGGACCCCAUAUACAGCAGGGUGGAGAAGAGGAAGCUACUUGACCCCGUAGGUGCUCUGAAGGAAAAGUUCCUCAGGCCCUCACCACCACUCUUUCAUCCACAGAUGUCAGCCAUGGAGACCAUGACAGAGAAGCUGGAGAGCUUUGGCGCUCUAAAACUUGACCCGCCGCCCAAUUCGCUGCAACACUCAGCUCAUCCGCUGUUCAACUUCCGCUCACCCCCACCUUCCCUCUCAGACGCCAUCCUCCGCAAGGGCAAGGAGCGCUACGCCUGCAGGUACUGUGGGAAAAUCUUCCCUCGUUCGGCAAACCUCACCAGACACUUGCGGACUCACACGGGGGAACAACCCUACAGGUGUAAAUACUGUGACCGCUCAUUCAGCAUCUCAUCCAAUCUUCAACGCCACGUUCGCAACAUCCAUAACAAGGAGAAACCCUUCAAGUGUCACUUGUGCAACCGCUGCUUUGGUCAGCAAACCAACCUCGACCGCCAUCUCAAGAAGCACGAGCAUGAGAACAUUCCUGUGAGCCAACAGUCCGGGAUGCUUUCCAACCUAGGAACCACCAUCUCCUCGCCAAACUCCGAGCCAGACAAUCAUGCACUUUUAGAUGAGAAGGAGGACUCGUACUUCUCAGAAAUCCGCAACUUCAUUUCAAACAGUGAGAUGAACCAGGCCUCCAGCUCCAUGGAUAAGAGAUCAGACCAGGCGGAGGAGGAGCGCCCACCAAGCCACAGUUUGUCCAACUCCAAGCUAGGGCUCCAGGGGCUGGAGGAAGAGGAAGAGGAAGUGGAAGGCGAUGAUGAGGAGGAGGAGGAAGGCAGCCUGACAGAGAAGUCUCAUGAUGAGGCGCCUGAGUCCCCGUCUCCCGUCACAACAGGAGUGUAUGAAGAGGACGAGGAAGAGGAGGAGACAGAGACAGCUCCAUUGGCUAUGAGCUAUGAACACACUCGCAGGUGUAUAGAGGAGGAGGGCUCUCUUUUGGACUUGGAGGGCCUGCCCAGCUUUCCCAAGAGCCUGGAUGGGUUACGUAAAGCAGCCAGUGACGAGCAACCUUUUGACGUUAAAGACAUAUUUAACACUUCACUAGAGUCGGAGGCACUGAAAGAGACAUUGUACAGGCAGGCUAAAACCCAGGCUUAUGCAAUGAUGCUGUCUCUCUCGGAGAACAACCCUUUGCACGCGCCCUCCCAGAACUCUCUGGACGCUUGGCUGAGCAUGGGAGGCGGACCGUCUGAGACGAGCAGCUUUCACCCGCUCAACCACAUCUAGACGAGAGAGAGAAGAGGUGGGAGGAAGAGUAGGAGGAACAUAAGUUUCGCAAAUGGAUAGAAACAAGAGACUGAGUGGACAUGAGUAGUGAGAAGACGUGGAGGCCCGGAGAAGAAUUCAGUGUCACAUACAUUCAAGAUAGAAAGAAUGUGUUUGUGUGGAUACAUGUGUUCAUUUGUGUGGGUGUGUGUGUGUGUGUGUGUGUGUGUGUGUGUGUGUGUGUGUGUGUGUGCGUGUGUGUGUGUGUGUGUGUGUGUCUCUGCGUGUGUCUGUGAGUGAGUGAGAGACAACAAGAGGAGGUAGAGAUUGUCCCUAGGUGAGGGGUCUCACAAGACUCUGUCAAAGAGAAAGCACUGCUAAGCUCCUGUUGAUGUGAAGGACAUGAUGAAUGCUUCUCAACAGCAUUGAAAUUCUGCAUUACUCUGAUCCUCCCCAAGUCCACAAGACUCACUCCAGCACCACAGACACCCUUGCGUAAGGCUCUCAUAAAGACACUUAAUGACUAGUAUGUCUCUGAGGUCUGUGUAUACCGCCUACUACAAGCACUGCAGAAUCAGCACUGCGUUAGCACUGCAUGUCCACGAGGUGGUGCUGUUUCGCCAGGAACAUAGUGGGCGCGUGCACUAUUGUCUCCAGGUUUUUCCCAACCAAUCAUGGGCGACUCAUGUACUGACCUUGUUUCAGUUGCAAGUGCAGAAUCACCAAUAGCACCACCCUAAAUGUUACUUGAGGAAAUGACAGUUCCAGUAGAGUGAUUUGAUUUUUUGAAUGAUUAAAUGGAGAAUGAUGUUCAGUGUUCAAAUGUGCACAGCAACUGGUGAUUUUAAUGAGCUAUCUGGGACACUAGCCAUUGUAAUUGGUUAGCCAAUUUGAUCAUGCUGAAAAUGAAUCGAAAUCAUACUCAAAAAAACGAGGAAGUCUUUCUCUGCUUGUUUAUUUCAUCGUCAUUUGUUAAUUUUAUUUACUUACUUUCCUCUUAGAUACCACAGUAUUGUUUCCUUGUAGGCACCACAGUGCUAAAUUGUUAAUAUAAUUAUUUUAGAGAAGGACCAAAAUUGUAUGAUAUUGUCAUAUGAUGUAAAAAAUAACCUAGAUGUUCAUAGCAAGAGUGGUAUGUGCCAAAUAACCAAUAGAAAAUGUUUUGUUCUCUGACAAUCAUUUCAUGUCCAAGGGGCUUGCAUUGCUGUCAUAGUUUUUUUUUUCUUAUUACGCUCUUAUAUAUUUGAUUUCAGAAGUGUGUGUAUGUAUUUAUUUCUGGUUGUUUUGUCAUGACUGGAGGAGUGAAAAUGAGGAAAAGUCAUUUUAUCCCUCUUUUCUUGUUGCUGAAGGAAUGAGCGCCUAUCAGAAAGUGGGGGAGAUUCUGAAUCUCGUUUUGAUGCGUUAGUGUGCCAAAAUGGAAAGAACCCAUGAAAUUAACUGUUGUUAUUUAUAGUGAAAGAUAGCUGUAGCUAGUUUUAGAUCUUAUUUGGCAUUGUAAAGUCAUGCAGUGGUUUUGUUGUUUUGUUUUUUUUCCCCAGUUGAACCAUUUUAACCCAGUAUGCUGAAUGUGUCUCAUUCAAAUUGGUUAAAGUAUUGGGGGGGGGUCAGGCUUGGACAUCUUUCACAUGAAUGUCAGAAAAGGGCAUUACAUUAGCACACUAUUGAAUCUGACUUAUCUCUGUCACACAAAUCUCCCUUUCCCUGUUUUUCAUUUAAUAGAUUUAGUGUAGUCUACAACAAACACUCUUUUUAAAACUUGAUGUCCUGUAUUACAUUGUUAGAAAGUCUAAAAUACAGACACAUCUGCAUGAACAUCUGGUCAUGCAAGAAGGAAGGCAAGGACUCAUGAAACCAAAAGAAACAGAGUAAACUAAACCACAGAUAGUAUUAAUAUGGACAUCACAUUCUGCCGGUCAGUCCCUCCAACACGUGUAAAAAAAAAUGUCUAGUUGAUUGUGGACAGUGAAAACAGAAGCAUUUGAUCAUGAGUUUAACUUGACAGUAAAUUCCCUGUUCUGAAAACUUAUUCCAUGUGGUCCACAAGGUAGCUGUUCCAUGGAGGGCAUGAGUCAUUUACUGUAGAUAACUGUA